UCCUCAGCAAAAUUAACGGACAACGAACAAUCAACACGAGCUUUACAUGAAGCGGCGCCUAUCGACCGGGCUGGACCGGAGGAUCAGAUCUACAUAUAUAAGAAGUGUUGAGAUAAAUCUCCUGUAGUCAUUCGUAGUUCGACGUUCUAAAAGCAACCUCAAUCCCUCAACUGAUCUCGCUGGAGUAGGGAAUUAGGAAUAUAAAAAAAAUUGUGAUUAUAGUGUUUAUUAGCGUCUAUCGCUAGUCCGUGUAAACACUAAACAGUUUGUGUUCCGGAGUUGGAGUCAAACCCGGUCAAGCCCAAGCCUCCCUGAUAUCGUCGUACGGAAGCAGCUCUAAUUCGUCUAGCAGCGACAGUUAAUCAUCAUGAAGGUCGGCCGGUUGCUCACUAGCUCCAGCUACAACGGUCUGUGGAUCGUGUCACUGGCGAUGCUGCUAAACGGUUGUCUAGCCGCAAAGUUCCCUGCCGGGUUUUCCCUCUGCAAGGCGGGCGAUGAAAAAUGUAUUUAUGAGCGAAUCACCGAGAUCUUCCGGAAGCACUCGAAGGGCAUACCGGAGGUUCAGCUGGUAUCGCUGGAUCCGCUAAAAAUCGAGAAGAUGGACAUCGUUCAGGGUGGUGAUGGGCCCAUCAACAUCGUGCUCAACUUCAAGAACGUUGAUUUGAGCGGAAUGUCCGAAAGCACGGUGAAGAAGGCUAACGGAUUCACCGCCACCCCAACCAAGAUGGAUUUGAGCAUCCUGGUUCCGGUUGUGUCCCUGGUGGGCGGCUACAAAAUCAACGGAAAGGUGUUGAUACUGCCUAUUCAGGGUGAUGGCAAGAGCAACAUGACCAUGGAGAAUUGCGAAAUUCAACUGAAGUGGACCGGAAAAUUGGUGGAAAAGGCCGGCAAACAGUUCUACCAGGUGGACAAAAUGAAGGCAACCUUCGAUACGACUCGGUUCCACAUGCAUUUCUCCAAUCUGUUCGGUGGUGACAAGGCUUUGGGAGACAACAUGAACCAAUUCCUGAACGAUAACUGGCAAGACAUCCUGAAGGAGCUGAAACCGGCCAUCGUGGACGCUUUCGUGAAAAUUUUCCAAUCGGUGGUGAGCAGCGUUUUCAACAAAGUUCCCUACAACGAGCUGUUUCCUUAAUUGAAGUUUUUUUUUUAUACUUCGUUGAAUGUGUGAGAAGAAUGUUAUUUAUAAUUAUAAUAAACAGAGCGAAUGAAUUGAUAAA